UUCAUGCAGCAAAGAAGCGCGCGACGCAUCACGGCACUUUUCCGCGGUUAACGUUCGGAUAUAACUGCGGCAAGCGCGCGGUGAGUUUGCAUUUACACAUCUCUAGAUGUUUAGCGGUUGGAGCUCAUUUGAACAGGAAUUUCUGUGUAAAGUGUGGGAGAGGAGACAGCGCGGCGUCCGCCGGAGUCAGACUCGGAGGGAGGAGGUGAGGAGGUUCUUCAGUCGCCCCCUCUUCUCGCUCCUCACUAACUUUCUGAAAGCGUGUUUCCGUUGAACGGCUUGUUUCAAGUAAAUGCGGUAUUUCCACACAGAGUGUCUCCGGUUCUGCCGAGUUUCUGGUCAUAGUUGAGGAUGAAGGCUGGAGGUUUGGCAGGAAGAUGCAGCCCCUGCUAGAGUCAUCACCUCACCAACAUCAUCCACCUCUCCGCUCUUCUGCUCGCACCUUCCACCUGUAGCCCAGCAUGGCCAGUCACCUGGAGUUGCUGACGGAGCUUCAGCAGCUGGAUAAGGUGUCUAGCCUAGAGCGCCUCCGAGCGGCUCAAAAGCGUCGCACGCAGCAGCUCAAGCGAUGGGCCGUCUAUGAAAAGGAAAUGCAAAACAAGAAGCGCAAGGCCGACAAACGCCGUGGCGGCCAUGGGAACAUGGUGGAAAACCGAAGAAGGAUUUCGUUUUCUGCGAACGUGGCUUUGUUGGAGGCAUCGGCGCGGAACGAUACUGAUGAAGUGAGAUAUCUGCUAAAGAACAACAUCCCUCCUGAUCUUUGUAAUGAAGACGGUUUGACGGCCCUGCACCAGUGUUGCAUUGAUAAUUAUGAAGACAUGGUGCGGCUCUUGUUGGCUCAUGGAGCGACUGUGAACGCUCAGGACAACGAGCUGUGGACUCCACUGCAUGCUGCUGCUACCUGUGGACACACGGGUCUCGUCAAGAUCCUCAUCCAACAAGGCGCUGAUCUCUUGGCUGUGAACUCUGAUGGGAAUAUGCCCUAUGACCUCUGUGAAGACGACCCCACUCUGGACAUCAUCGAGACUGCCAUGGCAAACCGCGGCAUCACUCAGGAGAUGAUCGAUGAGACAAGAGCGGCUGUGGAGAGGAGGAUGCUGGGAGAUAUUCAGACCCUCCUGCAGGAUGGAGCUGAUGUUAACCAGCAAGAAUCGCAGGGGGCAACGCUGCUUCACAUCGCAGCAGCGAACGGUUACGCGCAGGCUGCAGAGCUGCUAUUAGAGGGCGGAGCUAGAACAGAUAAGAGAGAUUCUGAUGGGUGGCAACCGCUGCACGCCGCUGCCUGUUGGGGACAGGUCCAUGUGGCCGAGCUGCUCGUCUCACAUGGUGCCAAUCUAAAUGCCAAGACUUAUAUGGAGGAGACGCCCAUAGAUCUGUGUGAAGAUGAGGAGUUCAGGAAUCAUCUACUGGAGUUGAAGCACAAGCACGACAUCAUCAUGAAGUCGCAACUGAAGCACAAGACAUCUCUGUGUCGCCGCACCAGUAGCACAGGAAGCCGCGGUAAAGUGGUGCGGCGGGCGAGUCUGUCAGACAGACAUAACCUCUGUCGGAAAGAGUAUCAGACAGAAGCCAUCGUGUGGAGAGGACGAGAAGAACAAGAAUCUGAGCAAGAGCACAGCCAAUACACGAUGCAGCCUGAGGAUCCACCACGAGUUCCUGGAAUCCUGAAAGAGGAAACAAGACACAACGGUCGCCUCUCCGCUCUUAACGGUGACCCGGUGACCCCCGAGCCUCAAGACACCGCCCCUUCCCCACCCACUGAGGAAUCUAAGCCCAGGUGCCCUCAGACGCUGUCAGAACUCAAAAAGCAGCGGGCCGCAGCCAAACUCCUCAACCAUCCCAUCCUCAACGGUCACCUGGGCAACGGCUCCACGCUGGCCACAGAGACCAAAUCCGAUCCGGAAGAUCCUCGUAUGCCGCUGGUGUCGUCCAACGGCAGCGCGGUUUACUUCACGCCGGCCAGCGGAGACCCGCCCCUUCUGAAAUUCAAGCAGCCAAUAGAAGACGAGAACCCCAAAACUCACAGCUGCUGCUGUGUCUCAUAGUUUCCAGGAUCCCAAGCGUCCGAUUGGAUGGAGGCCAAAUUUAACGAGUAACAGAAGAGCAUGUGGCCGCCCACUAGUGGAUCCCCCGUAUUUCACCUGCUUAUUCCAGUCCAAACCUGGAGGUGUUCUGAUGAAGAAAUGCAGGAGGAGGCAUGUGGGGUAAACAAAGUAAACAGAUUGUGUGGUACUAUAAACCGAUGAUGGUCUGAAAACAGUCUUACUCUGGGACAGGAAAGACGGGUUGUCAGAUAGGAAGAAAAUGUUGCACAGCUUGCGUCCAUCACCCCGAUUCAUGAUUUAUACAGAGAUUCAUUCAACUGAAAUAAAAGGUUUACUGUUUGUGGAUGCUCAAGCUAAGGAAUUGUUGAGCUGUUGUGCAGUUUAGAAUUCGGACCAGAAUGAAACGUUUCCAGUGUUUCUGUUCUGUUGCCUGUGAUGACCUACUGUACUGCGUGUGAGAGGCAACAGGGCCCAAAAGUAUUGUGUACAGUAUUUAUUCAUAUAUGUGCAUAGAAGUCACUGUACUAUAAGAUUCUUAUUUAUUGUACUGCAGAGAGAUGAAGCCAUUUAUAGAAAGGAUGAAUUAAAGAAACGUCCCACAUACGUCAGUAUUUGUGUAUGUCAGUGUUAUAAGGACACGUCCAGCUUGCAUCUCACCCCAGAAAUAACAAAAAAUAAGAUGGUUAUUUUUAGAUGUAUACUUCUGAUGUUAUUUUCUUUGACCACAUUUCAAGGAAUACAGUAUAAAUGGACUGUAAUGGAUUUUUUAUUGAACAUUAAAGACGCAGUGUAAAUGUGAAUUUGAGCGGGGAAAAAAUCUGUGUCAUUAAAUUUGCUACAAUGCAAGUAAUGCUCCCAGAAACAUGUUUAAUUAUAUACACAAUUAUAGAUUUAUUACAUGCCUAUUAAUAAGCUCAUCGCUCUUUCAUUUUAAUUUUGGGGUGAAAUGUGACCUGGCUGUGUAUUGUGAGAUUCACCCGUCUGUCAGCGUCGUGACUGCUCUACAUGUGCUUUAGAGGUGAGACCGGUUUAGCUGCUGAGAGGAAAAUAAAAUGAACAUUGUAGCUGUCAUUUAAAGGGAUAGUUCACACAUAAAUGUAAAAUCAUUUACUCACGCUCACAUAGUUCCAAACCUUUAUAAAUGUUUUUGUCCUGUUAAACACCCCCAUUGACUCCCAUAGUAUUUCUUUUCCCUACUAUGGCAGUAAAUGGGGGAUAAGAUCUGCUUGGUUACUGAAAUUCUUAAAAAUAUCUUCCUUUGUGUUCAGCAGAACAAAGGCAUUUAUUGAGGUUUGGAACAACCUGGGGUGAGUAAUGAUGAACUGUCCCUUUAAUGCAUACAUCAGGGAUGAACACAGCGGGAGGAGAAUGAGAAACAUAUCCAGACAGAAUUACGUAUUGUGCAUGUAAAUCAUACACGAUUUAGUUGAUGCAGUAACUCUUUCGAGCUGGAUUAUGUCUCUCAUAUUGGGUGCCAAAAUCUUCCAGAAGUUCAGAAUGUCAGAAACAGCCAAUGAGGUCCAGUGAUACUCUUGUAGUCCCGCCUUCUUGUCAAUAGUAACUUCAUUCAUGCGUCACUUUACAAAGGAGGAAAGCAUGUAAAUAAUCUUCGGAAUUUGUUUCCUUUUUAUGGAAAGAUACUGAAAUGCAAUAUGAGCGUAAUGUUACAGUGAAAAUGCUUAACACUGUUCACGUCAGAGGCCAAAAAUACUGACAUGAAACUGCUUUACACACACAGAACGCUGUAUGACACAUACGGGCCUAAUGCAUCACGUUUAGGAAAGCGCCCGUGACUGAAUAUAGAAAAACGCACCGGUGUCAUACAGCUGUAGCGUACAGUAUUCUUGUAGCUCGUGUUUUUGGACAUUGAAGUAGAAAUAUGACUAGAAACGGAGAGAAUCCUGCUUCUGUUUUACAGUCAGAUGAAGUUUUCCUGCCACGAUAAAAGGAAAAAAAACUACUGAUUUUAUAGUUACUGGAGUACACUGAUCACUGUAUUAAUGUAUUUUCAAUAAAUUGUAUAUUUUGAUCAGUUUCUAAAGCGGUCUUGUUUCUUGGUCUGUUUGAACAGGCGAGCACACGAAUGAAAUGAUAAAUACAUGCACAAUUUAAGAACGCAAAAGCAAAUUCAAAACUCUAAAUUCAAACUAAAUGUCCAAAGCAAGUGUGUGAACAUCCUUACAACGUAUAUUGAGCAAAAUAAUACAAGAUUCAAGAAGUCUUGCUUUCGGCUCUUAACAAUAUAACUAAUUUCUAGCCUGAAACAUGAAGUUUGCCAAUAGAGUAGAAAAUUCCGAAGAAAAACAUUUGGUUAUUUUUCUUUAUUGGCAAGCAGCAUUUUUUUGUUUCAAGCUUAAACAUAAAUGUUUAUUACAUUUAAUUGAAAGCAAGACAAAAUCUUUCCCUAUUUUGCACUUUAAACAUACUUUGUUUGCCACAACAUCUUAAGAUGAGUUCUGCUUUAAGAGUUGCCUCAGGUCUGAUUAUUGCAUUUAUAAACCACAGUCUUGAUCUUUCAGGAAGUGUUUGUUCAGCCAGCUGCCCAAUGAUUGUCUGUGGCAAACAUCCAACCGCAUUGAGUCAGCACUCAGCAGGUCAGGAAACUAGGAAGAAACCAAAUGACAAGUGCUCACUGCAUUACAUAUAAU